AUGGUUCAAUUCUCUAAAAUCGGAUUUGAUGAUAUGACUUCUUUGCCCGCACUUCUUCCUCGUUAUUACGGCGGAGUUAUUCUCGUUGGUGUGGGCAGCUUUGCGAUGCAUCUUUUUCUCGGGAGUCGUGUGAUGAAGGCUCGAGAGGAGAUUGGUUUUCCCUCUCCGGAUAUGUAUCACCCAACAAAUAAGUAUUUUAACUGUAUACAGAGAGCUCAUCAGAAUUACCUAGAAAAUGUUCCAUUCUUCUUAUCUGGUGUAUUCAUUGGGGGUCUUUACUGUCCGGUUGGCGCAACAAUUCUGGGUAGCGUUUUUCUUAUCGGACGUCUUUUUUAUUAUAAGGGCUAUAUAAGUGAUGAUCCACUUAAACGCCGUCGGGGAUCAGCUGCCAUUUUGUCAUUAAUUCUUCUUAUGCUGGCGAAUACCUACUAUGGUGGUUCUCAACUCUAUGAUAGCUUUAACUUAUACCUCAAAGCGAUGGGUCAUUUCUCGAGGCCACUUUUCCCAAGUCUUUGUGACUUUCCAACUUCACUUCCAAGCGGUUAUGGAGGUGUUAUACUCGUUGGAGUUGGAGCUUUUGCAUUGCAUUUUUACUUUGCUACUCGGGUGAUGAAAGCACGGAAGGAACUUGACUUUCCAUGCCCAAACAUGUACCAUCCAACUAACACUGAGUUCAACUGCAUUCAGCGGGCCCACCAAAACUAUUUGGAAACCAUGCCAUUUUUCCUUUCUGGGUUGUACAUCGGAGGACUCAACUGUCCUUUUGGAGCUUCACUUCUUGGUGUGACUUUCCUUGCUGGUCGUCUUGUAUAUUUCCAUGGCUACACUAGCGGAGAUCCUAACAAUCGAAAACGGGGAAAAUUCGGCUGUUUCGCAAUUAUGCUAAUGAUGGUGUUGAAUGCAUAUUUCGGAAUGACACACCUUCAUGCCAGUUUUGCGUUAGUCUAA